AUGGUUGAGAGGCUGAUCCCCAUUUUGAAGAAGGAACCUAGAAUGCAGAAUGCACAAGAGGUGGGACUUAAGUUGGCGGUCACCCUCCGGCACCUGGCAACUGGGAAUGACUAUCUAAGUCUCCAAUACAGCUUCAGAGUCUCCAAGGCUUCCAUAUGCUGGUUUAUCCCGAUAGUCUGCGAUGCCAUUAUCGACACCUACAAACCAGAAGUGAUGAAGUGCCCCAAGGCAACAGAAGAAUGGAAGAACGUAACACAACGAUUCGCCUCAAAGUGGAACUACUUCAAUUGUGUGGGAGCCCUGGGUAGGAAGCACAUCACAAUCAAGAAACCCAGAGGUGGAGGGUCACUGUACUUCAAUUACAAAAAGUUCCACAGCAUCGUCCUCAUGGCCCUCUCCGAUGCAAAUUACAAGUUCUUGUACAUCGACGUCGGUGCAGAAGGAGGCGCUGGGGAUGGAGGUACCUGGCAGAUGUGCACCCUGGCCAGGGCCAUCAAUAACAACCGUGCACACUUCCCUUAUGACAGAACUCUGCCCAACGACGACGAACCCAUCCCCUACCACAUAGUCACCGACGAUGCCUUCGCUCUCAAGACGUGGAUGAUGAAACCCUACUCCCACCAAUCACAAGAUCCCACCGAACGACUAUACAGCUACAGACUAUCUCGUGCUCGUCAUGUGGUGGAAAAUGCAUUCAGGCUGCUACAGAUGAGAUGGCGAAUCUUCGGAAGGAUGAUGCAACAAGAUGUUCCGUUCCUGUUUGCAAGAAGUUAA